AUGAGUGACGCCCUUGAUGGACAGCUGUCUUCGUUCGUGUGGACUGACGAGGUGCCGAAGGGAAGCCGAAGAAGUGACGUGUCUGUGAGGAGCAGUGGACUUGUGGCGAGGGGAUGGUUGAGCUCCUUACAAAAGAUCACCACAACUGCUAAAGAAAUCGGUUCCGCCGUUAAAGGCACAGCUAGCCAGAUUGCGAACGCAGUUCAAACCUCCAAAGAUCUUCUUUUGGACUUCACAGGCCUAGCAUCAGACGCCAGAUCCGCGACAACAGCAAUCAAAGAAAAGGCACAGGAGGCCAUCACCAAUAUCUCUUUUCUCCCAACAAACAUCCUCAUGGGUCUAAAGGAUGAGACCAAGGAUCAACUCGAAAAGACAUUAGGAAGCCUGACCCAAAAGGUGUCGAACAAGCUUCCAACCAUCGGAGGACUGGAUACCGUCGUAUCGGAUGCUCUUAUACAUUUGUCCGCGACUGCUCUAAACAAAUUAGAGGAUGUGGCAGACGCGCAAAUUGCCAAGCUCAACGCGACUAGAAGUCAUGUCGCGGAGAACAUAAACAACCUGUUCGAAGCGCCAGCCAACUCCAUCAAUUCAUUCCUCACUGAUGUGGAGGAGGUAUAUCUCAAGGAUUUGACGAAUUUGGCCGAUGAGUACGCGACGAAGACCGAUGGAUUCUGCGAUAUUCUUGGAAAGUACAUCGAUGCCGUUCAAAGUGUCGAGAACGCAGCGAAUGGCGAUUGGACCGAUAUCAACAAUGCAGCCAAGGAGAUCAGCUCCCUCGUCAUUUCCUUUACCGAUGCACAAGACCGCGUGGUUGCGGCAGAGAUGUCGAGCGGGCUGCCGGAGGAAAGCAGGAUCACUGUUAGUGUUUUUACGCAAUUAAGUGAUGAGCGAAUCGGCUGGUUGAAAACCUAUAUGACUCUUCAGGUGAAGCUAAUGAAGAGGGACGACCCGGAAACUGAAACUACUGUGGACGUGAUAAAACGCAUUUUGGAGCAACAGGGUGAGGAUACGGACGAUGGUGAUGAUGAUGAUGAUGAUUGCUAA